AUAAUCACUGCUGCGAAACAGUGGGUGCUGUUACGCUAUGGCGACCCCGAAAGGGAUAAGCUGAAAGUGAACUACAUUUUUGUUGUACCGCUAAUGUUAGGUUGGGGGUGUGAGAGAGUGUUAAAAGAUGGAUUACGGAAAGAAAGGGCAGGGUUUGCUCACAACUCGGAGGCAAAUUUUUAGUGAACUCCUGCUGAAACUAUAUCCUAGAAAGAAAAAAAAAACAUUUGUUGGGUAAUUUUGGCUAAAAACUGCAAAAUCAUUAUUAAAAGACCACUGGGAAGGCUUUUAUAAUAGAUCACAAGAUUAUUGGAUUGGGAUUUUAACAUUUUACACAAUUAAACUUUCUGCCAAUUUUCAUAUAUUAUAACCAAGAAAUGUAAACAAAAAAAUAUAUUUCUGUUUUAACCAAGUUUACUUGAAUUUUGAGUUUCUUUAGCUCAGCUUCAAUUCCUAUUUCCAUAAAUGAAUUCUGUAUAUUUUAAGUACAUAUUUGUUUAAGAAAAAAAGGAAAGCAAACAAACUCCUCCCCUCAUUGCCUACACCCACCUGCCCCACCUUGCAUGACCGAUGACGUCACCUCCGCAAGCGCAGCCCAUCCUGCUCGGAGCGCACAGACUCAGCAUCAAGACUUAAGGAAGCGCAACCUCUAUAUAACCAUCUACAGCAGAGAGGAAAACAUGGGCAACGUGCAGCCCACCAUAGUCCCAUAUGAGGAUUUUGACGUCAUGACUGAUAUAAAAGCAUUAAGAAAAGCUUGUAAAGGACUAGGGACAGACGAGGAGGCCAUCAUCCAAAUCCUGGCCAAUCGUUCUGCAGCUCAGCGCGUUGAAAUUAAACAGGCGUAUUUUGAAAAGUACGACGACGAGCUGGAGGAGGUCAUCAAGAAGGAACUGUCGGGCAGCUUUGAGAAAGCCAUCGUGGCCAUGUUGGACCAUCCUCACAUCUUCUUUGCCAAAGAGCUCUGGAACGCCAUCAAGGGGGCGGGUACUGAUGAAGCAGUGCUGGUUGAGAUCCUGUGCACUGCCACAAAUAAUGACAUCUUGAGCUACAAGGAGGCUUAUCUUCAAGCCCAUGAACGUGACCUGGAGGCAGAUAUUGAGGACGACACCAGUGGAGAUGUCAGAAAUCUGCUCAUCUCACUGCUGCAGGCAAGUAGGGAUGAAGGUUAUGAAGUGGAUGAGGAUUUAGCCGACCAGGAUGCUACAUCUUUAUUUGAGGCAGGAGAGGGCAGGUUUGGCACAGACGAGUCCACCUUCACCUACAUCCUGACACACAGGAACUACAUGCAGCUUCAGGCCACUUUUAAGGCCUACGAGUCGCUGUCUGGUACAGAUAUUUUAGACACCAUUGACUCUGAGGCGACAGGGACUCUGAAGGACUGCUACACCACGCUCGUGAGGUGUGCAAAGAACCCACAGCUGUACUUUGCCAGACGCCUCAAUGCUGCAAUGAAAGGUCUGGGCACAGAUGAGGACACGCUUAUUCGCAUCAUCGUGGGUCGCUCUGAGAUUGACCUGGAGACGGUGAAGGACAUGUACCUGGAAAAGUACGACGUGACCCUGAAAGACGCCUUGGAUUCUGAGUGUGGGGGGGACUUCAAACGUCUCCUCAUUGAGAUCCUGCACUGACAUGUCUGCCCCUCACCUCCACCUCCACCCUAACCCUGCCCAGGCCUUAAUUAUAGCUUUACACCCAUCAUUACACUCAUUUUCCCGAGUCAUGCUAUCUUUAUCUCACUUUAAGCAAUUUUGCAACCAACUCAGUCAUAAAUUGGACCAGAAAAAUAAUCAUAUUUAUAAGCUUAAAUGUCUUUUAUCUGCACUUUUUAUUUAUCCAGAUAACCAUACAGACAUUUUGAAGGUUUUCCAGCUGUGAGAUGUCCUCUUCUCCGUCACCCUUUGUCUCUUUAAUGCCUUUUCACACGAUUUUUUUAACUUUAACACCCAAAGUGUUCAUCAUCUAACUUUUAAUAUUGAAAUGCCUAAAAUAACUUAUUAUAUAUUCACAUAUUGUAGCCUUUUGUAGUCACAUACCUUUAAUCUAAAUGUGAUUUUAAAUUAUUUCAGUCAGCUCACAAGAUGCCUUGAUCUUAAAUUCAGUACUUUCAGUGACUACAUUUACUGCAGGAAAAAAACACUGGGCUUCAUUGGGUCUGUAUUCCAAACUCUUUGUACAAUAAGGCAUGUGAUUGUAGUCGUAGCUCACUGUGGAAGUCAUUUUAAUUUUUGUAUAUGCUUUUAAUUUAUUACGGAGCAACCAAAUGACACGGGUUCCAUAAAACAUGGUUUUUAGGAACAUGUUUUAGUAACACUUAUUGGUUGCUAUUGCAAAACGUGGUGCAAAACAUAUUCCUUAAUAAAUUUUAACCUGACUAAAA